GCCGAAAGUAAGAGCUCUUCAAUCGGAAGGUAGAUAUUUUUAGUAAACAACACGUUGAAAACUGAACAGCUGGUGGUGAAAUAGAGGUAAAGUAUAUCAACAGUUAGAUACAAAAAUGGCAACCUCGCAAAAUCAAACAUCUGCAGCAGAGAACAUUCCAAUUGACAUACAUUUCAACAAAUUAUUGGAUUGGCUGAUUAAUCGCCGUCACUGCGACAAAGAAUGGCACACAGCCAUGACGGUCAUAAGGAAGAAGAUCAACCAAGCAAUACAGGACAUGCCAGCCAUGGAGGAAAUCACGCAACUCCUGGAGGGAACAUAUGUUAACUACUUUCACUGUCUGAAAAUUGUGGAAAUUCUAAAGGACAGUGAAUCAGGAAAGAAAAAUAUGUUCGGGCAGUAUUCAUCACAAAAAAUGAAGGAUUGGGUAGAAAUCAUCAGGCUUUAUGAAAAAGAUGGAGUGUAUUUAGGAGAAACAGCUCAAAUGAUCGGACGUAAUGUAAACUAUGAAGUUCCUGCCUUGAAGAAACAGAUUGCAAAAUGUCAACAAGCUCAGAAGGAGUGUGACAAGAAAGAGGCUGAUUAUGUUGCCAAGGCUGCUGAGUUACGUAAGAAAUACAAUUCCAGGUGUAAGGAACUGGGCAUUGAGGGAAGUAAGAUCAAGUCAGAGUUGUCUGCCCUUGUUAAAGACCUCCCGGUGACUUUCAAUAAGAUUGCAGAUUCAGCUAAGGAUAUACAGGAGGCCGUUCAGUUUUACGGAGAUUUUGUUAACUUUGUUAUGGACAGCCAAAAGCACCAAGAGACAUGUUUGCCAAUGUUAAAACACGUACAAGAGUUUGGAGACACAACAACGUACGAAUGGAAAACCGGCACCAAGCCUGAGAAGAUAGUUGAGGCAUCCAUUUUGAUUAACCUUGAUGAUGAACAAGAUCAACUAGACAGUGCUGAAAAUAUUGACUGGGACAUCGGGGCUGACAUUGAAGCAGACAUUGAUUUUGGUGAUGAUGUCAACUUUGACAUUUCUGAAAUUACCAUCGAACAAGGUGGAACAGAGGCUGGAGACCAGACGCCUGUGGAGCAAGACAGUGACAGUAAUGGUAUAGACUGGAGUGAUACAGUUCUGGUGGAACACCCAAAUAAAGACGGGUCAGAGGAGGGCGUGGCUAAAGGAGUCGAUGCACUGACCAUACUGGACAACCCUGUCACUCGCACCAAGUUCAUGGAUGACCUGAUGGAGCUGGAGGCAUUCCUGACCCAGCGGAUCUGUGAGAUGGAGGGCAGUGGAGACUCGGAUAUAGUCAGUACCAGUCAGUUCCAGAACGCCCCUUCAUCUGUACAGGUGGAGAAAAGCAAGGUCGUAUCCAUGACAUCCAAGGUCAAGGAUAUUCUUGGUCAGCUGACCUCGGUCAAAAUGCACCACUUACUGCUGAUCAGGAAUUCACCAAGGUAUGUUGACCGACUGAAAGACUCCCUGAAGCAGACACUGUCACUGGCAGACAAAAUGGUGUUUUAUGAGAAGGAGAUGGUUGUCAAGAAGAAAGACGUUUUGGAGGAACAGAGACAACUUGAGCCUAAACUUGAUGUGAUCGUCCAGAGAACCAAGGAUAUACAAAGACAGAUGGAACAAGAAAUUUCAUCCAAGUACAAGAACAGGCCUGUCAAUAUUAUGGGUGAGAUCAACAUGAUAUGAAACAGGAAUCUUAACUCGAUAUCCAGACCAGCACUGAACAUUGUGACACUUUUUCUAUUCAAAUGAUUCUUCAAAAUAACAGUUUGCCGGUUAUGUUUAUGGGAAGUGUUGACUACCACAUGGAACUCCUUCAUUGUGCUAUAAGAUAUGAAUUUUAGUGAGAUUGACACCAGGACAAUCAUGAAACUAUUAACUGUAAGUCAAAUCUGGCCAGUGGAGUGGUAAGGCAGCCCUAGAUGAAUUCGAACCUCGCCAUAAAAUUCAACUUCAGAAUAACUAUGUAUAUGUUAUUGACCGGUUUGUUCCAACAUUACAGGCAACUGUCCAUAUUAAUCACAUGCUAUAUCCAAACUUAGCAGGUACUGACUUAUUCUUUGAUAUUUAGGGAGUAAAGUGUUGAUCACAAAUCUGGAUAUUUGUUAUCAGAAUUGGUUGUCAUUUAGCAGAAACUGAUAUGUAUACUAUCUAAUUUCAUAUUUAACAGUUAAUAUUAAAGUCUAAUAUUAGUUUCAUGCAAAUGAAUAUUGUUUCAGAUUUUUAUUAAGUACAUAAGGGUUACAGAGUGACAUCAGUCAGUUGUAUCAAGUAAAUGUUAAGUGCUAGUCACCUUUGUAUAAUGGGGCACUUCAGAUUGUCUGUUAAAUAUAACAAAAUUACUUUAUUUCAGAGAAUAUUGUUAUAAAAAAAACAAUUUCAGAGAAUAUUAUGAUUAUAAACACAAAACUCCCGGCUAAUUUGUUGCUAAUUUUUCUUUUAGAUCUUUAAUAUAAUUAUGGAUGAAAAAUUGUGAAAUAGUGAUAAAAUCUCCAUGUUAUGCUACACAGACAUAACGGUAUGGAAGAGAUGGUGCAUUUGUUUUGAUAAAAUGAUCUGUAUGUAAAUUAAUAUACAUACAUGUAUAUGUGUAAGGAAGUGGGUUGAUAGCGAGAUGGAGUGUGAGACAAAGUAUACAUGUAUGAGUUGAGAAUAUUAUAUGGGAAAUAUGAAGGUGUAUGUGUAACAUAACGAGCGUAAAUGUGUACAUAUUGUAUCCAUACAUUCAGACCAGCAGUGCUAUGAUUGAUUUGUGCAAAUUUGUACAUAUUUAUAGCAUCAUGUAUUUAAAUUAAUAAAGAAAGAGGCCCAGUGGACCUGCACCA